AUGUUCUGCUAUGCGUCGCUUGUGGUGUUCUAUACCAGCGCUCUCCCCAUCCGCCUGGGCGUCGCCGCCCGCCCGGAUCCCAUUUCCAACAUCGUUGAACUGUUCACGUAUCAAAGGCAUAGAUGCAGUUCUGGCGCCAUUCAUCCCUUCGCUACGGAAAAGCUUCCGAGCCCCUCUUGCCUUGCCUCCAGUGUUUGGCUUGAGAAUCAGCUUCUAGGAACCAGGCAACCCCCCGUCUCACAAUUACCCCCAGACGCCCUCUCGCACAUCAACUCGCUCCGUGAAUUCUCCGAAAUGCUCGAUAUGGCAGCUGAAGAACGUAACGACUAUAACAUCGCUUUCUCCAGGCUAGAGAGCGUAGUCCGGCAAAUCAAUCUGGCAGGCCCAUCCGUUGAAACGGGCACCUGCAUGGUAUACAUCUGGCCGUUCGGUCUCCCAAAGAGUGUGACGACCGACAUCCAGGAAAGGCAGCCUCUGGCUCUUAUAGUGCUCGCGCAUUACUGUGGUAUACUGAAUCUUUUGGACAAUUCGUGGUUUCUACACGGCUGGGGCCGACAGCUAUUGAGUGAACUUGGAAAGCAGUUGCCUUCUGCGUAUGCGCACUGGUUGGAGUGA